UGGAAGCAGCAGCAGCAGCAGCAGCAGCAUCCACACACACACAGACAUACAUGCGAGCACAGACUACACUCCAGCUCCUCUCUCUCUCUUCGGUGUCUUUUUAUUCCUCCUCCUCCUCCUCCUCCUCCUCAUCCUCCUCCUCUUGCAGGGCUGCAUCUCAGGAGUGAAAUGGAUGUCAUCCCCAUGUGUAGCAUCUUCCAGGAGCUCCAGAUUGUGCACGAUACUGGAUACUUUUCAGCUUUACCGUCACUGGAAGAGUACUGGCAGCAGACAUGCCUGGAGCUGGAGAGGUACCUCCAGAGCGAGCCCUACGUCUCGGCAACUGACAUCAAGUUUGAGAGCCAGGAGGACCUGUGGAGCAAGCUGAUGCUCGCCUGCGGGGACAAGACCAAGGAGUCGGACCCAAAGAUCCCUCGCAUCAAGGAGGAGGAAGACAAUCAGGACGGCCAGCAAAUCGACGGCGGCGGCUUCAACUCCGACGCCAGCAGCGAGGCCUCGGACAGCUCCGAGGAGCUCUCCCCGACCCUCGAGUUCUCCAGCGGCUCGUUGACGGACAUUCUGGGAGACGGCGGCGAAGACCUGGGCUCCGCCAUCAUCAGCACGCCGCCGUCCUCGCCCGAGCUGGGCAAGGAGGGCUCAGCGUGGAGCGGGAUACAGACUGAGCUGCACUCACCCGGGAAAAUUAGGACUGGGGGCAUUGAGCGGGCCGCGGAGAGGUCGGGGGUUACCAGCGGGGAGGCGUCGCCGGACGGCAGGAGGCGGGUCCACAGGUGUCAGUUCAACGGAUGCCGGAAGGUGUACACCAAGAGCUCGCACCUCAAAGCACACCAGCGCACGCACACAGGUGAGAAGCCCUACAGGUGUUCAUGGGAGGGCUGCGUGUGGCGCUUCGCACGAAGCGACGAACUCACCAGACACUUCAGGAAGCACACCGGAGCGAAGCCAUUCAAAUGCAGCCACUGCGACAGGUGUUUCUCCCGUUCCGACCACCUGGCGCUGCACAUGAAGAGGCACAUCUAAGAUGGCCUCCGCGUCGAGAUCUCUGAGGGAUGAUUCCGGUUGAUUUGUCCUGACCUGUGCGGGGGGAUGAGCGAGGCCGGUGUGUCCUGGGAGCGUUAACAGGGGCACCGCCGCGUUCCAGUCGGUGGAAAAAAGAUGAAGCAAAACGCAGGCUAUUAUUUGCACCAUACUUAGUGCCUCCAACACCUCGCUGUGGAGAUGGCUCUUGAAAGGCUUUUA